UUUAUUCACACACAACCCAGCCUCAAAUCUUUUCCUCCUUACCACCAUGAUUAUGAAAGCAGCAGUGAUUUCAGUAUUUUGGUCCUUCACGGUCGCAUUAGCUGCAAGUUUUGACAGCGCUUUCAUAACCCAAAAUUCACCUUCUCUUCCGGCACUACCGAUAUUCAGAACCGAACAAUUCCAAAAUCAGGUGCCUAUCUUACGUUAUAGUAACGAUAACAAUGAGGGAGGAAACUACAGGUAUGCUUACGAAACAGGAAAUGGAAUUUCUGUUCAAGAAACGGGACAAUUCGCCCCAUCUGUUCCUGAAGGUGGUGCAGUUGUAGCCAACGGUGGAUUUUCUUUUACUGGAACUGAUGGACAAACUUACAGUAUUUCAUACGUUGCUGAUGAAAAUGGCUUCCGACCAGUUGGGGCACAUAUUCCAACACCACCUCCAGUUCCAGAAGCCAUUGCCCGAUCUAUAGCAGCAGCCGGUAGAAGUUUAUCAUAUGAUGGUCAAUAUCAACCAUAUUCCUAUGGGCAUUACUAGCUUGCUUUUUAACGAUUUAUACAGAUACAUGUUAUAGGUACUUCCGAUUUAUAAAAUUAUUUGUUCAAUUGUCAGAAUAAAACGUUUUUACAUUAAGAA